AUGCGAUGGUUAAUAUGGCAACCGUUCCCCGAAGCUGCUGAAGUCUUUCAAAAUCCGGUCGGUUGGGCACCGUGCGUUCGUGUUACGAAAGAUUCGUCGUCGAUUCUGCUGAUGCCCGGUCCGCCGCGGGAGAUGAAGUCCAUUUUUGAAGCCUAUAUUACACCGUUGAUUGCUGAACGCUAUAGCGCGAAAACUGCAACAUUGCGCGUUCAUGUAAAUAUGUUUGAGGCGGAAGUUUCGCCGCUUUUGCAACAGGUGAUGGGUGAACACCCAAAUGUCUACUUAAAAGCCUAUGUCGCCUUGCGACGCGAUGACAAUCAGUAUAUGCCUGUUGAUUUGGUUUCGACGGGCAGUGACGAAGACAACGCCCAAUCCCAACUCCAAGCAGCAGCGGAGUAUCUUCGCACACUUGUCAUCGAAAAAGGCAAGAUCUUCAGCCUUGAAGACGAGUGA